AGAUGAAGCAGAUUACUUUCCAUCCUUGAGGAGACACAUCGUCACUUUGUCUCUGCACCACGAAAAAAGGAACAAUCAUGACGAAGCUAUUGGUGCUCAUGAUGUGCCUGCUGGUCACUACCUUGGCUGCUCCUGCCCCGGAGAGUGAAAGCAAUGAGGAAAAACAGGUUGCGGCACAUGCUAGUGAGGCCCUGAGGUGGAUGGAGAUGUACAGACUGUACCAGCAGCAGGGAGUAGUUGGAAAUCCCUUCCUUCCUGCUGCUGGUGCUACUGUGGAUGCUGCACCAGCCCAGCCAGCUGAUGUCCCCCCUCCAGCUCCUGUUGCUGAUGGAGAUGUAUCAGAGGAGGAGACAGAGGAUGGCAACCCUGCCCCCAAAGCUGCGGCACCUGUUGCUCCUGCUGCCCCCAUAAACUCUGAUGAAAUAGAGGAGGUCGAGGAGGUGGAGGCAGCCGAGGCUGAACCAGCUGUGGUUGAAGCAGCACCAGCAGAGCCGGCAGCAGAGCCCGGAGCAGACGCUGCAGCAGCUGUCGAGUCUGCUGCGGUUGACGUCCCUGUAGAUGCUGCACCAGUCGACGCUGCUGCUGUGGAUGUGCCUCCUGUUGAUGUGGUUCCUGUUGACGUUGCCCCGGCAGCCCCUGAGGUGACUGUCGAUCUGGCUGCCACAGCCGAUGUCCCUGCUGUUGUUGAUGCUGGUGCUGCUGAUGCCGGUGCUGCCCCACUGGCAGAUGAGAUUGACACAAUUGGAGUGGCAGCAGAUCCUGCUACACUGUAGUUAUCGUCCUCUUAUUACCAGCCAAAGUGCUCCUGUGUUAGCAGUUACAAUAAUAGCUGGAAA